AUGUUCAUCCUAGUACAAAAGGAGCCCGAAAGGAAGCUUGCAAUUGUAUCUGAAGCAUAUGCUUUAACAUUCAAAGCGGUUGAGAACAAAGAGGGAGGUGGGAGACCUUCUUGUGCUAUUGAGCUUUUGCCCAAAACUCAAUUGAAAACUUCGUAUCAAAAAUUGACCACACAUGAAGUUCAUGGUUUCUUGGGGCUUAUCGAGCUUGAGCACAAAAUAUUUAUCUGCACCAUCACUGGCAAAACUAAGGUUGCUCAGCCAAUCCCAGGUGAAACAGUGAACAAGAUCUUCGCAGUUGACUUCUUUUGUCUAAACGACUCGAGAUGGGAUUUUGUGGAAAUAGAUAGUAACGGAUAUCCAAUACUUCCAGAAGAGGACUACAAAGCAGGACAGACACCGACCGUUCCCCGUCAUCCUAGUUAUGAAUUGAGAAAACUUUUAUCGAAUGGUUCAUUCUAUUACAGUUCAAAUUUUGAUCUCACGUCUCUUCUACAAAACAGAGGCAUGUCGGCACAUUCCUUGAGUUUUGACAAUUACCAGGAAGAGUACAUGUGGAAUUCGUUCCUCAUGCAAGAAAUAAUAACGUUUAGAAAUCGUCUCGAUGAUAAUGCAAAACAGAUUCUAGACGAUGAAGGUUUCCUCACGACAGUUAUUCGAGGCUUUGCGGAAACAUUCAUGACAUACGUUAAGCAAUUGAAGGUCUCGCUUACGGUUAUUUCUAAACAAAGUUGGAAGAGGGCCGGUACAAGAUACAAUGCUCGGGGUAUUGACGACGAAGCCAAUGUCGCAAAUUUCGUGGAGACAGAACUAAUCAUGUAUUCAAGAGAAUAUUGUUAUGCGUUUACGGAAAUAAGAGGCAGCAUACCAGUAUUUUGGGAGCAGGACACCUCGCUGAUUAACCCCAAAGUGCAGAUAACCAGAUCAUUAGAGGCAACUCAACCUAUUUUUGACGAUCAUUUUACAAGGCUGAUCGAAAAAUAUGGACCAGUUCACGUCGUAAAUCUUCUAUCAACUAAAUCGUCAGAGAUUGAGCUUUCAAGGCGUUAUCGAGACCAUAUCACACGUUCGAAGAAGUUGAAGUUGAAUAAGGAUAUAUUUCUAACCGAAUUUGAUUUUCACAAAGAAACAUCUCAAGAGGGUUUUGCAGCUGCUGCUAAAAUUAGGCCUUUGAUUACUCAGUUUCUACUCGAAAGUGGUUAUUUUUCUUACGAUGUUCGCGAACAUAAAGUUUUGUCCGAACAACAUGGGAUAUUCAGGACCAACUGUCUUGACUGUUUAGAUAGAACAAACUUGAUACAACAAUUCAUUUCAAGGUAUGCGUUUGCUUUGUUUUUGGAAGACUUCCAUUUAAUGCCAACAGGUCAAGGCUCUGCCUUCAUGGAUAGCGAUUUAUUCUCGAAGCACAACACCCUUUGGGCAGAUCAUGGUGAUCAAAUUUCGCAAAUAUACACCGGAACCAACGCUCUUAAAUCUUCGUUCUCCAGAAAAGGCAAAAUGUCCUUUGCAGGUGUCCUUUCUGAUGCAACAAAGUCUGUGAGCAGAAUGUACAUUAAUAAUUUCAUGGAUAAAGGGAAGCAAAUGAACAUUGAUACCCUUUUGGGAAGACUGCCAGACCAAAGUGCCGUUCUACUCUACGAUCCUAUAAACGAGUAUGUUACAUCACAGUUAUUAAAGGUGUCCGAUAAAUUCACUUCUAUGUCCACUAUAAACAUUUUCGUGGGUACUUACAAUGUGAAUGGUCUAACUAAGAAGGCAGAUCUUUCUGAAUGGCUCUUUCCUAUUGGCGACAAAUUCAAGCCAGAUGUUGUGGUUUUGGGAAUGCAAGAGGUUAUAGAAUUGAGUGCGGGUUCCAUCCUGAAUGCAGAUUACUCAAAGAGUUCGUUUUGGCAAAACCUAGUCAACCAAUGUUUGAAUCAAUACAAUGAUAAGUAUCUACUUUUGAGGGCAGAACAAAUGUCAUCUCUUUUGAUAUUGUUUUUUGUAAAAUCUGAUAAGGUUAACAACGUAAAGCAAGUGGAAGGGGCUUCAAAAAAAACCGGUUUAGGUGGUAUGACUGGUAAUAAAGGCGCCGUUGCCAUCCGUUUUGAAUAUGGUGUCACAUCCUUCUGUUUUAUAAAUGCACACCUUGCUGCUGGUUCGAAUAAUGUUGAAGAACGCCGUAAUGACUAUGAGAAUAUUACCAAAGGUAUAAACUUCGCAAGGUCAAAGAGAAUUCUUCAUCACGAUGCUAUUUUCUGGUUAGGCGAUUUGAACUACAGAGUUUCGCUUUCUAAUGAAGAAGUAAGAAGGGAGCUUGUCAACAAAGACGCUAAUAGUUACGAAAGAUUACUAAAUUACGAUCAGUUGACCCAAGAAAUAAAUGCAGGCGUUGUUUUCAAAGGAUUCAAAGAACCAACCGUGAAGUUCCCUCCAACAUAUAAGUACGACAAUGGGACCAAUACUUAUGAUAGCUCUGAAAAAGCAAGAACGCCUUCGUGGACUGAUAGAAUAGUUUAUAAGGGAGAUAAUUUGCGUCCUUUGGCCUAUUCGGAUGCACAACUGAACGCAAGUGAUCACAAACCCGUUUACGCUGCCUACAGAGCCCAAGUCAACUUUGUUGACGAAAAUGUUAAAAUGGAGUUGACUAAGAAGCUAUACUUAGAUUACAAAACAUCGCACCCAGAAGAAUCACAAAAUGCUACUCUCGCCUUAAUUGACGUGGACUAUGAAAGCAAACGCAAUCAUCUCAGCAAGUCUGCUUCUGACAACUGGAGUGAAAUGAAUCUAUUAGACAUAGACCUGACAGGUGACAAACUUGAAACGCAGUCACAACCGUUGUCUCCUGGAUCAACUUCAGAAACAUCUUCAGUAAUGUCUGUCCCUCUUCAACCAACAAGGAGAGAAGCAAUAUCUUCAAAUCGAGCCAGAUUGCCACCGCCACCAUUACCAGCAUCUAGACAUUCGGGAGCUUUGUCCACGGGAUCCUCCCGCAUAAAUUCGUCAGCAAGUCUUGCACAACAAGCUGCCUCUAAAGAAAGUCAACCAUCAUCAAUCUUAGCACCUCCUCCACCUCCUUCCAGGAAAGCAACCUUGCCACCGGGCUUUAGUGGUGCGAUAUUGACUCCCAAAACAAACAGUACGAGCACAUCAAGAGCUUCUUCACCGGCAUCUUCAACAAUUAAAUCACCAUCACCUCAAGGAGUAAUCUCAACACCUAAGAGUCCUGUCGAGAAGCCCACUGAGAACUCCGCUGAGAAGCCCACUGAGAAGCCCACUGAGAAACCCGCCGAGAAGCCCAUUGACAACUCCCAAAAGGUUCCACCUGCAAUUCCUGCAAAAAAACCUUCCUUGGAAAAGCUCUCUUUGGAUUCUUGGAAGCCAUUGACUCCUAAAUAA